AAGACCACUGUUGUAAUUCUUGCGAAGAAGUUCGUGAGGCAUAUAGGAAAAAGGGCUGGGCAAUGACAAAUAUGGAUUUGAUCGACCAGUGUGAAAGAGAGGGUUUCGUACAAAAGGUAAAGGAUGAAGAAGGUGAAGGAUGCAAUAUCCAUGGAUCUCUUGAAGUUAAUAAAGUGGCUGGAAAUUUUCAUUUUUCUACCGGGAAAAGCUUUCUUCAGUCAGCUAUCUUUCUGACGGAUCUGCUUGCUCUACAGGAUAAUCAUUAUAAUAUAAGCCAUAAAAUCAACAAAAUAAGUUUUGGUGAUCAUUACCCUGGGUUGGUAAAUCCUCUUGAUGGGUAAUUUUCUUUCAUCUCCAUGAGAAGCCUUUAUUUUCUGGUGACAAGGAUUGCAUAAA